AUGACGAAAAACAAGUAUGAGCAGCAAAGGGAUGAAAAUGUAAAGAAAAUUCAGGAAGUUUUUAAAUCUAUGGGUAUACCAAUCUUAGCUCAGGAAGUUAUUGAUGGUCUUGCAAAAAAACAAAAGGGAAAAGGUAAGGCAGUAGCCACUGAAAAUCCAGGAUCUGACCAUGAUUAUGAUCCAUCAUCUGAAAUUGAAAACGAAACUGAUAGUGACGAUGAAUGUGAUGACGACCUCCAUGUUGAGGUCAAUACUCAGGUAGAAGAGAUGGUUCUAGGAACGCGCCUUGUCCAAAAGAAGCUGAAGGUGGGGACGGCGGCUGCCAGCAAAAAGGCACCGUGGACACCAACAAGAUUAACUAGGCAGCAAGUAGCCAUGUCGCCUGGACGUCGUCCACCACCUAGGCAGAGAAUGCCCUUGCUUCCUAAGAACCCUGCAAAAGGCAGCACACAAGCGAAAAGCCAACACCCUACAAGCAGCAGCCUCACCACAAACACUGCAAACAAAGCCCCUGCUCCUCUAGUGAUCCCCACAGCCCCUGCUCCUCCAGUGAACCCCACAGCCCCUGCUCCUCCAGUGAUCCCCACACCCAGUCCAGCCAUCUCUGCUCCUAUUCCCACAGCUAUUCCAUCGAUGUCUGCUCCUAUUCCAAACAGAGAGGCUAGUAUUCACAAAUUCACCAAGGCAACUGCAGCCAAGUCUGUGCCUGGUGCAAACCCAAUGUGUACACCUUCUACUCCAAGACCAACUGCUGCCCUAUCUAGACAUCCUACUCCUGCCACUAGUGUCACCCAAGAAGUUCCUAUAGACACCUCGCCAGGUGUGCAGAGCUCUAGGCAGAGCAAUGACAUCAAUGUGGUAGCUGAUACAUUUGAUGCAACAACUAUAGAGGACAAUACAAGGUUGGAUGUGGAUAUUAAGAAUGAUGGACCAAGCAAGGCAGCAUGCACUAAUAUUGUCAAGAGGGGAGUAAGGCAGCAGAGGUAUCAUCUGAAAAGGAAGUACUAUGACGAGUCACUGACAAAAGAACAACUCUUGGCCAUGGAACCUCCACCUAAGAUGAAGAAGCAGGAGUGGGUCAACCUGGUUGAGUACUGGUGUGAGCCAAAGAAUCAGGAAAAAAGUUCCAAGAAUAAAGCUAACCGUGCCCUAGUGCAGCUUCACCAAAAGACUGGAUCUAGGUCCUACAUUGCCCACCGUUACAGCCUGAGGUCUAAGUACAAUGACACGGAACCAGAUGCGAUUGAAUUCUUUGGUGAAUGCAUGAAUCAUCCACAACAUGGUCGUACUCCUCUUGCAAAUGAAUUAUAUGAACAAAUGGUGGCAGAGGAGGAAAAAGAACCAGAAGGAGAACAACAGAAGUCUCCAACCAAGAUAGUUGCUGAAAGUCUCAGCCACAUCAGCAAUAGAUCAACAUUCCUUCAAAGUCUUGGCAUAACUAAAGUGAGCAAGGCUACCGGGUCCACAUCAGCUGCAGCACAAGCACGUAUGCAAGCGCAAUUUGAAGAACAGCUACAAGAAGAAAGAGAGGAGGCUGCAAGGAGGCAGGAAGUGUGGCAGGCACAACUUGAAGCGCAGCAGGCCGCACUUGAAGAAAACCAAACCUUGCUACGCGUGACACAAGAAGAAGUGAAGGCAAUGAACAACAAGUUUGAGGAAGUCAGUUCGAUGCUACGAUCUUUGCUGAAAUUUCACAAAGAUUGA